AUGGCAGGGACGCCGGGAUCAUGGGAUUCCCACGCUAACUACAAACAUCAGGAGGCAUCUAGGGCCAGGUACAACGGGGUGGUGUUGCACUACGACAAAAGGCCAAUGAAGACACCGUCGGGCGUCAUAAGAGUUAUACUGUUGGUCACCUGUGUCUUGUGCUUGUUAUGCCUGUGCUUUGCUGGCACUUCCAGGUUGGCAUUGUUCAUGUUGCCAAUGCUUAAUCGGAUACGAUUCAUACUGUUCGUCACAUUGUUCAAUUUUCUAGUAACUGGAGCUAUUCUUUUUUUGGAUGUCACGCACACUGUAUACCUAUUUCCGUUCAACUGGGGAAAAUUGAAUGUACUGUUCUACGUCAUGAUGACCAUACUGUGUCUCACAAGCUCCUCGCUAGUCCUUCAUCAAGUAUAUUCAUUUCAUGAGUUUUAUACGUGGGUACCGCGUGCUACGCGCCAUCAAUUGCUCGUUGCUGCAGUAAGUAUUUACAACUAA